UCUUGUGUCGGCAUUACAAAUUGUAAUUGUUUAACGUUUGAUGUGAGGAGAGAAAUUGAUUCUUUAUCAGCUCAUACUUAUCAAGUUGUAUUUGUAUACAUACAAAUAUAAUAUUAGUAAUUUUUUUUUUAUCUGAGGGUGGUGUCAAUAUUCAAUUCAAUCAUUGUUUCUUUUAGAUGCCACAUCUUGCAACAACUUAUGCAGCUGUCAAUUCACUUAUUACCAUCGGUGGUCAUGAAGCUUUGUCUUCAAUCAAUAGAAGUACAUUAUACAUGUUUCUGCAGCGGAUGAAACAGCCAAGUGGGGGUUUCAGGAUGCAUGAUGGUGGAGAAAUUGAUGUUCGGGCCUGCUAUAUUGCCAUUUCAGUUGCAAGUAUUUUGAACAUUUUGGAUGAUGAACUAGUUCAGAAUGUUGGAAAUUACAUAUUAAGCUGUCAGACUUACGAAGGUGGCAUUGGUGGAGAACCUAACUCUGAAGCUCAUGGUGGGUACACCUUUUGUGGGUUGGCUACAAUGAUUUUGAUCAAUGAGGUCCAUCGUUUGGACUUGUCUCGUUUAAUUGAUUGGCUGAUAUUUCGUCAAGGAAGGGAGUUUGGAUUGCAAGGGAGAAAUAAUAAAUUGGUUGAUGGAUGCUAUUCCUUUUGGCAGGUCAUUUUCUGUCUUUUUCACAUUUUUUACCAUUCCUUCAGGACUAUAAUGGGGUUAACGAAAAGCACACUGACCAGGGAGGGAGGUCUAAAUGCUUCUUUCCAUGUGAAUUACAAUGAUAUUGGUCAUAACUUUAUCACAACAUGUCCAGUAAUGGAUCACCUUUUCAACAGCCAUGCAUUGCAGCAAUACAUACUUCUAUGCACACAGAAGACUAGUGAAUCAGCAUUUGAAAUGUUGAGGUUCUGGAAACUAUGUUAA